AUGACUAACAAUGGGGGAUUAAAAUGGCUAUGCCAGGAUGGUUUUGCACCCUGUGACUUCUUCCUUUGGGGUUAUCUCAAGGAUAAAGUCUACACAACAUUACCAAGAGGCAUUGAUAAUCUUAGGGCCAGCAUCGUUGCAGCAGGAUCUAAGGGGACAGAAAGACAUCAUCAGGGAUGCAUUCGUGUACUACCAUUUGGAAGGCACGUGAGGGUCCCAUUUAUCAGGUAACCUUGCAUAGGCCCUCUCAGGAAAUGGAUGCACUUAAUGGUACUUAAUGUUGGUAUAACUGAAUCCCCAACUCCUACUUCUACAUUAAUAUGGCAUUCUACUUACAACCUCCAGAUGGAAAUAUACCUAUUGAGAAACUGGCCUCUUUCAGCUUGAAGAGGCUGAAAUUUCUUUUGAAGUUUGUUGACCAGCAGCCUGGAGAUGUGGAGAGCUUUCAUGAGUUUGUCUCAAGUUACACCAGUGUAGAGGACUCUGAAUGUUUAAUAGAGGGCACCACGAAAGACAAGGUGUCUCACUUCACACUGAGGUUAGCAGCCUGCCAUAGUGGGAAUCCCAGCUUGCAAGAAUUUUUCAUCAGAGCAGAGACUCUAUUGUUCAAGUUCCGCCUUCAAUGUAUGGAUGAAAAAGAGCUUUAUAGGUUGUUCAAGUCAUUCAGAAGAAAUCGCUUGCAGCUUGAUAACAAUGUGGAUCUCUCAGAGACUUCAGAUCAAGGCUACAUGACUGAAAUGUUCCAAACCUUUCAUAGAAUUCCAGCUGGCCAACAUUGGAAGCAUCUCAUUCGGAAAUACAAGGAUGGUGUAGAUGAUGAAUAUUUCCAAGUGCCAUUUGAAUUUACAUUAAACUUAGUGAAACAUCGCCAAGUCAGGAUGAGUAACGGUUUUGCAUUUGUGCCAUAUAGCAAGCUUGAUGAGGUCAUUGUUGGAUUAUUCAACCAAUCAUUAGUGCUUGGACUUAAGAAAGGGAAGAGGCAGAAUUCAGAUCAGAAUAUAAUACCUGAUGACAGAUUGAAGAGGAUAUUCAAUGAUUUACAGGCUACAUUCUCUAGGGCACAGGUGUGCAAUACUAGGCAACCAGGGGUACUACAUCACCAAGACGUUGAUGAGCUUAGUAGAAAGUUCCCACUCUGCAUGUUGAACUUACACAAUGAGUUGAGAGUCAAACAUCGUUUGGGGCAUCAUGCAAGGAUCCAGUACACAUUAUUCCUGAAGGAGGCUGGUAUGCAUGUAAAUGAGGCUCUAUUGUUCUGGGGACAAGAGUAUUCUAAGCCAGUAGGUGGUGGGUCUCCAUGUAAGCAUACCUGGCAGAAAGAUGCCCGGAGGUAUACCUACAAUAUACGCCAUCUAUAUGGCUUGGAGGGCUCACGUAUCAACUAUAGAGGUCACUCUUGUGAAGCAAUCCAGGGAAUGACUCUUCAAUGCAGAGAUGAAGGAGGCUGUCCCUUCAGACACUUUGACAAUGAAAAUCUUAAAUCAUUAUUAUCUAGUCAGUGUGCAAAAUAUCACAUGGUUGAUGACAUCACAACAUUAGCAUCUCAGGGCCAGUAUACUAAUGCAUGUACUGCUCAUUUAAAGAUGAAACUUUUUGAAAGAGACACAGAUUCUGGUAAACAUGGAAUCAACUCAGAUGGGAAAUAUAUGCAAUCUGAACAUAUUGAAAUAAAUCAGAAUAAAUUGGACACCACAUCUGCUGAAAAUGAUCUCAUUAGACAAAAGGUAUAUUCGGAACAGAGUGAGACAAAUGAGAAAUUCAAACGUCAGCUGUUUUUGGCAAAUAUCUCAAAUGAACAGGAUGUACGUGAUGAUUUUCACAUCGAACCAUCUCAGGGAUUUGUCGUUGCAGAUAAUAACCAAAUUAUUCAUGGAGAAAAACCUCACCCGGAUGAGUCUAUGAAUGAUAGUUGCUACUAUUCUCAAGAUCAAACCUAUACAGAAUCUCUAUGCUCCGACAGUAAUCUUAACAUCAGUACUUCUGAAUGCCAGAAACAAAAAAGUGACUUAGGGAAAUGUGACUCUGCUGACAUUACACACAUGACAGGUGCCAAGAAACAAAUCAUAACUGAUACAGGGAAUGGGGCAAGUGUUGAGUUAAAGUCUUGUCCGACGCUAUCAAAACCUGUGGAAUAUUUAUUUUAUAUGCAUGCAUAAAAGUCCCCAGUUUCUAUGAUAUAUCAAAAUAUUUUCAAUUGGCAGGAUUUCCCACCAACGAUUUAAAUGAAUUAUUGAAACAAAAACAACUACAGUAUAAAAUUAACAUUCUACAAAUAUAUUUGUAUGAAAUAUAGAGUUUACAAUAUAAUAUAAUGCACCGCUUAAGGUAUAUGCUUUAAACAAAAAAUAAAUAAUCAUUUAUGACAAAGUAUUGCAUUUUACUUAUCCUGUAUCAAUUGGCAACUAUUGCAACUAAAAUUAUGACUUAUGUGCAAAUUGCCUCAAAGGGAAGCACCCAUGAACUUUAAUUUGUACAUCUUGCAAUUUUAUAGUCCUGCACACAUCCCUUAUAAUGCUACUCAGUUAAAAGUUGAUUCAAAAUGCUUUUAUAGCUUGUAUGCAGGGGUUAGUAGGUUUUUAAACAUCGUACAUUUGAUAUUUGAGCUCAUAUUAUGAUUUUAAAAUACUUAACAUAUAGUCCAUGCAAAUGAAUGGAAAGUUUCCUUGAGGCAUUUUCUAUGUUGUGUAUAAGACUGAUAAUAAUAUUCUAUGUUUGAUGUAUAAAUGUACGAAGUUGAUGAAAUACAAUAUUCCAUAAACUUAUAGAAAUUGGGAGAAUUUAACAAUUCUGCUGAAUGUUCGCUAAAAUCCAAACAAACAUUUAUAAGUUUUCAGUGUUUUAUCAUUUUUGUUUUUCUAAUCUUUACACAUGCUUCCCUUUCAUUGUUUAUUAGCAAAUAAAGAUUGAGGAGAAAGGAGUUGGAGAUGUCAUGAAAGGAAACAUUUGGUUAAGACACUGUUUUUUAACAUUUGAGACAGCAUUUAACUUUACUACUACCCCCUGCAUGCAGAGUCUAGUUAAAGACAAAGACGAAGCUCUCUUUUAAGA